UGUUCGUUCCCCGGCACAGCGCACCCCUGGGGUUCGGGAAGGGAGCGCGCACAGGCUUGGGUCAGCAGAGGGAGGUGACACCCUUGGUCCCAGCCACUGCCCUGCGCCACGAGGCCGCUCCCCUCUCUGUGGCUACGGUCCAGGCUGCAGACCGGCCCUGGCUGCGUGGGCGUCCCGCCUCUUCCGCGCGCAGGGACCGGGAGCCGCUCAGCUCUGCUUUCUGCGGGCUUUGCAGGCGCAGAACAGACCCCCGGGGAUGGAGGUGCAGGAGAGGGCAGGCCCCUGUUCUUUUAAGGGUGGUCCUUUGGCGUCCUCCCACCCGCACUGAAGCGAGGGCGCCGUCCCCGCGUGGGAGCAGAGCCCUCAGCGAGGGCGACAUCCCCGCUCGGCCAGUGGUCUCCACGCGCAGGCAUCCAUCCAUUCACUGCGACUCCUGGAGCCGAGCGGCGGCCCCACGACUCAAACCGAAUCUAUGAAUGGGAAGAAGGAUGAGAGGCAACGUCUGUUUCCACUCCCUGCUUCCCCGCCCCCUCCCCGCCUCCCUCCAGGCAGAGCGAGCCCGGCACGAAGUGACAGGGGCAGGGGCGGGGGCACCUCGGGGCAUGCGGGGGCGGGGGGCGCGAGUCUGGCUGGAAACAGCACUAUUUAUAAACUCUGGAGCUGCAGGACAAAAGGACAAAGAGGGCAGAUCGGAGUUCCCUCCUCCCCCAGCCCCCGCCCCGGCGACUUUGAUUUCAUUAUCCGCCCGCCCCGCACGGCGGGGCGGCAGGUGCGGGGGUGGGAGUCUUCUCAGCCGGAGCAGCUUCGCCAAAGGUCCGGCUGCUGACGUAGGAGCGCCCGCUCCUGUCAAUGAACAGCAGCGGCAGCCUGGGGACUGUCUGGCAACGAGGCUACAGACGUCAUCGCCUCCUGUUGGACGCGGGGGGGUGUCCGAGCAGCAGCUCCGGCUUAAAGGAAAACUCUCCAAGUUCAAGGCAGCCGGGGAGACUCGUUCUUGGGAGCACAUGCGCCCCAAAGCCCGGUGCGCGCGGGCACACAGACUGGCACACUGGAACACACGCGCGCGCACACACACACUCAAGCACACACGCACACUCCCACUCAUGUUCUCUAUAGGUGUGUGGGUCCAAAGUUGUGUCCUCAGGGAGGCUGAGCUGAAAAGAACCGGGCUUCCUUGGCGCCUGGGGCGCUCAGCGCGGCUCUCCUGGAGACUCCCCAGAUGGACAGAAGGGAAAGAGGAAUACCACCCUCCGCUUAGGGUGGUCUCCCCCGUUUCUGAGAAGAUCAGUGCGAAACGCGGACUGCCGGACGCCUUUGGAAUAUGCCUGCUGAGCGGAGCAGAAAAGAGUGUUCUUGGAGUGGUCGUGAACUUGGGCCACCUGGGCUCCCCGGCAACUUGUUUUGCGCAGUUCUCAAUGGAGCCCUGGACCCACCGGGCUCCUGGCCCGUCUGCAUUUUCCCCUCCUUUUCUUCUUCUCUCUUUUUAAAAUGUAUGAACUUGAAGCCGAACGCAGACAGGCGCUUGGGAUACUUUGGCGGGAGCUCGUAGGUCUCCACACCAACUGCAGCGCUGACCGCCCUCCGCCUUCUACCGGCGUCUUUCUCUGCAGCAGACGCAGCCUGCUCCCGGCCGCUGCCCUGUGCCCUGCCGCUCGGAAGCUCCCGCCACCCCGGGCCUUCCGGGUUCCAGCCUGUCGGGCGCCGCCUGCCCUGCCCUCGGAUGCGCCCGAAGAAGCCCCUCCGUGGGUGAGGCCAGGCAGCCUCGCCCCGGCACCCAGCGCCUCAGCUUCUCCCCGAGACGCGGUCCCUGGAUUAUCCCCGGGAACCUGAGGAAAUGUGAGGGGCUAACGAAUGCUGGGGAAAGAGGAAGUCAGAAUUUGAGUUGUAAACGUGACAAGCAGAAAUGGUAAAUACUAAAAACUUUACAAGUGUUUCUUACACACCGUAAAAGUAUAGAGAAACUAAAGAUUUGAGCAGUGGUCUUUGUAAGUGUAGCGGCGUGGAAAUGGGUAAAAAGUUGAGGCCAACUGAAAAUAUUUGAGGUCUGACCAGUAUUUUAGGAGCUUUUAGUUACCUGUUUUUCAUUUGUUCUUUCUUUCAUUCCUUUUUCUUUUUUUGUUUUUUUUAGGGCCGCACCCGUGGCACAUGGAGGUUUCCAGGCUACGGGUCAAUCGGAGCUACAGCUGCCGGCCUGCACCACAGCCACAGCAGCUUGGGGUCCGAGCCGUGUGUUCGACCUCACCACCGCUCACGGCAACGCCAGAUCCUGAACACACUGAUGGAGGCCGGGGAUUGGACCCACAACCUCAUGGUUCUUAGUCGGAUUCGUUUCUGCUGCACCACAGCGGAGCUACCUGGAUUUGUUAUUUCUUAGUAACUUCUUCUCUGGAAGAAGUAGUGCAUGGGUGAUGAUGGUGGUGACACAGUCGGUGAAGAUUAUGGUGAAGAUGAUCCCGGUGGUGAGGAGAAGAUGAUUGGGGGUGGAGAAGUGAUGGUGCCAGAGGUGAUGGUCCUGAUGAUGGUGACGGUGUUUGGUGGUGGUGAUGAAAACUGUGUCUUCUUAAUUGAGCACUUUGUAGGCGCCAAGUUCAGUUCUCAUGUAUAUUAACUUUUUUUUUUUUUUUCCCGUCUUUUGUCCUUUUACAGCU